GACUGCACAAGUGACAGGAUCAAAAUAGUUUGCCUUGCAGUUGAGCACUUUACAACUUCUGACCGGGCGUCAGUAGUUUGAUUGCAUUUGGAGCUGUUACGCAUUUUCUUUUUGUCUUAUGUGUAAAUCCUUUGCAGUUUACAUAAUUAUUAUUAUUAUUAUUUUUAAAUCGUGCGCAAGUGAAGCAACUCGCCUCUUUUUUCUUCUUUUUAAAUUUUGUAUUAUUUGAGGCGGAUGGUUUUUGAACGGAGUACUCGCAUUCUGGAGGGCUGACCCUGAUGUCAGAAUGAGGAACAUACUGAUUAUCAUUGUCUUAAAAUUCGGGUGCCUGGCUUUUGUGAAUGGCAUCCACCCAGAAUGUCGGUUUCAUUUGGAGAUUCGUCAAGAAAAGAUUGAAUGCCUUGAAAAUCUCAAAAGGCUCGAGCCACCAGACUUUAAAGGGUGUGGGGGAACAUGGGAUAACCUGACCUGCUGGAAGCCAGCUGAGAUUGGGGACACCGUCACUCUUUCUUGUCCAAAAGUGUUCAGUCACUUUUUCAGUAAAACAGGACAUAUCAGCAAAAACUGCACAGCAAAUGGAUGGUCAGAGAUUUUUCCAGAUAUAUACAGUGCUUGUGGAUUUAAUGAUAAUGUGAUGCAAGAUGAAAAGUUGACAUUUUAUCUGGUGGUGAAGGCUCUUUACACGCUAGGACAUAGCGCAUCUCUGAUUGCCCUCACCACAGGGAGUGCAGUCCUUUGUGUUUUCAGAAAACUUCACUGUACACGAAAUUACAUCCACCUGAACCUGUUCUUCUCUUUCAUUUUGAAAGCAGUCUCUGUUUUAGUAAAGGAUAGAAUACUUUAUUCUGGCAACAGUUCAUGUACAGAGGAGGAUCCUUCACUGAUUGGCUGUAAGACAAUCUUGGUGAUUUUCCAGUACUGCGUUAUGGCAAACUUUUUCUGGCUCUUAGUUGAAGGCCUGUACCUUCACACUCUCCUUGUGGUUAUAUUCUCUGAAAAUAGGCACUUUAUAGUGUAUCUCCUGAUUGGGUGGGGAAUCCCAACAGUGUGUGUUGUUGCAUGGACUUUGACAAGGAUAUACUUGGAGGAUACUGGUUGCUGGGAUACAAAUGAGAAGAGCUUACCGCAUUGGGUUAUCAGUGGACCAAUUCUAGUUUCCAUUGUAGUAAAUUGCAUCCUAUUUAUUAGUAUAAUCAGAAUCCUGGUUCAGAAGUUAAGGUCACCAGAUGUUGGCGGCAAUGAUCAGUCUCAAUACAAGAGACUGGCGAAAUCCACACUGCUGCUUAUCCCACUGUUUGGAAUUCACUACAUUGUGUUUAUUUCAGAGCGCGCUCCCAGCGAAUAUAAGAUUGUUUUUGAAUUAGCCAUUGGGUCUUUCCAGGGGCUGGUUGUUGCUAUUCUCUACUGCUUUUUGAACAGUGAGGUACAAAGUGAGGUGAAAAGGAAAUGGCGCUUGUGUUUGCACUGGUAUGUGAGCCGAGAUUACAGGCUGCGCAACUCAUCCAUUGCCAGAAACGGCUCUGGCAAUGUGUCUUAUUUCCACCGCAAUUCCAGGACUCAGUCCUUCCAGCAGACAGAAACCUCAGUUAUAUAACGCAAGUGUCCUGAAGUCCCGCCCUUGUAAUUUUGUAUGAAUGCAUUGUUGUGUCAGACUUUGUUUUACAUUGAGGACCAUUAUUUGCAGAAAUAUAAAUGUGAACAUAACUGUAUAUGUCAUCAGAUUUAAUGAUUAGAAGGUUUUAUUGCAAAAGUAAUACCAAAA